CCUCCUAUCACUUUCUUCAUUGUGUUUCUGCGAAAAAUCUAUCGUUUGCAGCACUCUUAUCAAAGUUAAAAUUAGGUCGACUUUUUUGUUUUUUUUUUACUUCUUUGUUUUGCAUUUUAUGGACGGUCAGUCGCUUGGUAUGCUCAAUAAUAAACAGUUAGGCUCUGGACAAGACGCAGUUCAUUUUGGAUUGGGUUAAUAACACUCUUCAGAGUGAUCUGCCCUUCACCAGAAUACCCAAACUCCAAAAUGGCCCAGACUUCUGUAAAUGAAGAUGGAGGCACCUUUGACCACCUGUGGAGCUCCCUGGAGCCAGACAGCACAUACUACGAGCUCCCUCCUGGCAACCAAGAAGGUGAGCGUUCGGUACCUUCUACCAACACAUCAGGGAACCAGGGCAGCAUUGCAGAGAUUUCCAUGGAUGUCUACCACAUGAGGGACAUGAGCGACAAUGUGUUGUCCCAGUACAACUUGCUCAGCAGCAGCAUGGAGAGCCUGGGGAGCAGGGCCAGGCCCGCCAGCCCCUACAGCUCCGAGAACGCCUCUUCAGCCGUGCCCACCCCUUCACCAUACUCUCAGCCCAACUCCACCUUCGAGGGCCUCUCUCCUGCUCCGGCCAUCCCCUCCAACACGGACUACCCCGGACCGCACACCUUCCAGGUGUCCUUCCAGCAGUCUAGCACCGCCAAGUCAGCCACAUGGACGUACUCUCCUUUGCUGAAAAAGCUCUACUGUCAGAUUGCCAAAACGUGCCCCAUCCAGAUCAAGCUGUCCUCCUCCCCUCCCCAUGGCAGCAUCUUAAGAGCAAUGCCUGUCUUCAAGAAGGCGGAGCAUGUCACAGAAGUGGUGAAGCGUUGCCCCAACCACGAGCUAGGACGGGAUUUUAAUGACGGCCAAGUAGCCCCAGCCAGUCAUCUCAUCCGAGUGGAGGGGAAUAAUCUCUGUCAGUAUGUGGAUGAUCCUGUAACAGGCCGUCAGAGCGUCUUUGUCCCCUACGAGACUCCGCAGGUGGGGACAGAGUUUACCACCAUCUUGUACAACUUCAUGUGCAAUAGCAGCUGUGUGGGUGGAAUGAACAGGAGACCCAUCCUCAUCAUCAUUACUUUGGAAACCAGAGAUGGACAAGUGCUGGGUCGGAGGUCAUUUGAAGGCAGGAUAUGUGCGUGUCCUGGCCGAGAUCGUAAAGCAGAUGAGGACCAUGUCAGGGAACAGCAAGCUCUGAAUGAAAGUGUGGCAAAGAAUGGCACUGUCAACAAGCGCAAUUUCAAACAGAGCCCACCCAAUAUUCCUAGCCCAAAUGUUAACAUAAGGAAGCGGCGGCAUGGAGAUGAGGAGAUUUACUAUAUUCCUGUACGUGGUCGAGAAAAUUUUGAACUGCUGAUGAGGAUUAAAGACAGUCUGGAGCUGGUGGAGCUGGUCCCACAGCCCCUUGUGGACACCUACAGGCAACAAACACAACAGCAGCUGCUACAAAGACCGAGCCACAUAGCAACUCCCUCCUCUUAUUCUCCAUUGUCAAAUAUGAACAAGAUCCACUCCCUUGGAGGACUCAGUAAAUCACCGACAGUCAACCACCCGGCAGGGCAGCAGCACCAACAACACCCCACAGCCUCCACCCCCAUGGCACAUAUGGGCCACAACAUGCUCAACAUGCAGUCUAACGGUGACAUUAACGGUGGCCACAGCAGUCAGACAUUAUUGUCUGCUUCAUACUGCAGUCCACCCCCUCCAUAUAACCCUGACCCCAACCUUGUCAGCUUUCUAACCAGCCUGGGGUGCCAAAACUUCAUUGAGUACUUCACCUCUCAAGGUCUUCAAACUAUCUACCAUCUACAGACGCUCUCUGUGGAGGAAUUAGGUGCACUUAAGAUACCAGAGCAGACCCGCUUAGCCAUCUGGCGAGGUCUGCAGGACAUGAAACAAAGCUCUUCUGUCCAGCUUCCGGCCUCCUCUCACCACCACGACUAUCACAGCCAGCAGCUUCUACGCUCCAGCAACAACAUGGCUGCCUCCGCCGUGGCCGCCAUUGGGGCCGCUGGUGGAGAACUGCAACGUCAGCGAGUGAUGGAGGCCGUGCACUUUCGCGUCCGCCACACUAUUACCAUCCCCAACAGGUCAGGUGUCGGCGGGACGGGGAUGGCGGCAGCUACUGACGAGUGGGCUGAUUUUGGAUUUGACAUGCCUGACUGCAAGGUGUCACGCAGCAAGCACUCAAUAAAGGAGGAGUUCAUGGAAAGAGAUGUGCACUGAGGCCUAAUAAAAAUACCGAAAUUGUUUUUGUCAAAGACUAGGUAAUAGGUCCAAUGGAAUUUUAAAUCCCUGAUGAUAGUGUUGUUGCCAUCCUUUAGUCGGGAAUCUUGUAUAGGCUGAAUGUGGGAGAAUCCAAUAAGGUAAUUGCCUCUUCUUAUCCAAUCAAGGCAACGCUUCACUACCCUGUCUGGAAAAUAUUUGUGGAGAUGGCACAUCAUCUUACUUUUGUGAUUGGAUACAGUUUGUCUCAGAUGAAUAUUUUUCAUUCCAAGUUCCUUUGGCCUUCGAAAAUGUACAUACCGUAUCUUAUAUGUGGUAAUUCUUGGAAAUCAGCCCACAAGAUAGCAUAGAUAAAUAUGUCUAAUGGUUAUGGUGAUGUGUCCAAAUAUUUCAUUGGCAUUGUCCUUGGUUUGUAUGUGUCAGGAUCUUCAUGCAGUAGCAGAAAUUGCAUCCUUAUAUUGUUCCAUCUGUGAAAUACUGUUAAAUCUUGUGACCAAAACAUUUCAUACCGGUCGAGAACAUGCAAGAGAACAGUAUUACAUCUGAAUAGCAGUUAAGUAAUCUGAGUUACAAGUAGUUCAUUGUGACUAGCCAUGAACUGGGAAAAGACGGUAGCAUUUUCAGCCUUGCAGGGCAAGGUGGUCUUAUUGAUUCUUGAUGAUGAGAGGCUACUAAGUAUCUUAAUGGCACUUGUUUGUGAAUAUUAAAUGUUUUGUUGGUUAUCAUGUCAGUUCCAAUAUUGUUCCAAUGCAAAGGCAGAACUGUUAUCUAUUUGUAUUGUUGUUGUAAAGUCAUAUAUAACUCCCAACGCACCACGAGUUAAAUAUGCGUAUGAUCAGUAUUACAUACUAUAAUGUAUAUAAUAUGUGUUUUGAUAUUCUAGUGUAAACAUUAUCUAUUGCCGUUUUAACUGCUUAGACAUUUCUAACAUUAAGAUUCAGUGUUUUUCUUGUACACAAUUGAUUUGCAUUUGUAAAGUUGUUAUUGUUGU